AUCCACUCAUCUGUGAGAAAGUGCAAAAGCAAGAAAAACCUGGCUGGGGGCAGCAGCUCAACAGGACCUCUGAGCAGGACCAGGACUUUGGAGUGGGCAAAAACCAGCGGGGACAGACCCCACAAGCUCCCAGGGUCCAGCCUCCAGCAAACCAAAGCCCUCCGGACCAGCCCAGACUCAUGGAGGUGUGCCUGGAGCGAGCAGUCAACGGCUCAAAGCAGGGCUUGAAUUCCAACCCCAUGGAGGCUUACAUGGUCCUCAACCAUCCUCAGCAGGCAGCAGUCACGGUGCUGUGCACCCUGCUGGGCCUGCUGAGUGCCCUGGAGAACUUGACUGUGCUUUAUCUGAUCCUGUCUUCCCACCGGCUCCGCAGGAGGCCCUCUUACCUGUUUAUUGGCAGCUUGUCCAUAGCUGACCUCCUGGCCAGUGUGAUCUUUGCCUGCAACUUUGUCAGUUUCCAUGUCUUCCACAACAUGGAUUCAGAGGUCAUCUUCCUGCUGAAGAUUGGCAGUGUGACCCUGACCUUCACAGCCUCGGUGGGCAGCCUGCUGCUGACCGCCAUUGACCGCUACCUCUGUCUGCGCUACCCACCCACAUACAAAGCUCUCCUCACCCGGGGGAGGGCCCUGGCGACCCUGGGCCUCAUGUGGGUCUUGUCAGCCCUGAUCUCCUACCUGCCGCUCAUGGGAUGGACCUGCUGUCCCAGUCCCUGCUCUCAGCUGUUCCCAUUGAUUCCUGACAACUAUCUGCUGGGGUGGCUCCUGUACGUUGCCCUUCUCUUCUCUGGCAUUGUCUACACGUACGGGCACGUCCUCUGGAAGGCCUAUCAGCAUGUAGCCAGCUUGACUGAGCACCAGGACAGACAGGGGCCAGGAAUGAUCCGCAUGAGGCUGGACGUGAGGUUGGCCAAGACCCUGGGGCUGCUGCUGGCUGUGUUGUUCAUGUGCUGGUUCCCCGUACUGGCCCUCCUGGUCUACAGCCUGGCUGCCACGUUGAGUGACCAGGUCAAGAAGGCCUUUGCCUUCUGCUCUUUGUUGUGCCUGCUCAACUCCAUGGUCAACCCUGUCAUCUACGCCCUGAGGAGCAGAGAGAUCCGCUCCUCUGCCCAGCAUAGCCUGAACCGCUGGAAGAGCUACCUGAGGGACCUUGGGCCUGAGGGAAGGGAAGAAGUCCCAAAGUCCUCGGUCACCGAGACAGAGGCUGAUGCGAAAAUCACCUCGGGACCAGAGGUCAGAGGUCCAGUCUGCUCGGGUCACUGAGGAGGCCUCGUCCCGAUUUUAACUCAAGUCAGAAAUCCUCUUGCUCCCUAGACGAGAGCGGUUCUGGCCCUCUCGACUUCGUAAACGAGCCCCAGAACUUGGACGCUGAGCCCUUUGUGCUGAGGUGUGCUGCCACUGUCUCUGGGGGCGGCCUGGCCGUGUCCACCUGCACAAGGCUGGGGCCUUUGACAAGCAACAAAGCGAAACAAGGACACAGGGCCUGGGACAGGCCAGGAAAACCUUCCCAGCCAGUGGCUUAGUGCCUGCAUCCCGAGACCCAGGAGGGAGCAUCAGGCUGGCGAUGAGGGACUCAGAGGAACUGUGAGGAGCAGGGGGACUGUGCUCCCGGGGCCUGGGGUAUCAGAUGGGACGGCCAGGGCUCGUGGCUAACUGACGGUCAGAGCCUCCUCGCUUCUGGAACCAUGAAAUGCCCCUCAGUCAGGUCCCCCUUUCCUGCUGAGGCUCAGGAACUGUGAGUCGAUGAGGAUCAAGGGGGUUGACCCACUUCCCAGAGACAAAUGACAAGACUUCAGUUCAGGGCACCUUGUCGGGGUAAGGACCCUCCUGAUGCCCUGACAAUCCCUCUUAGGUCCCCGGGUGAUGAGAGGUGCUAGACACACGGACUCUUCCAAAAGCCAUAUUGACCCUGUGACAUCCAGUUGGUGCUACAGGGAGCAAGCAGUGUUCCAGACGAACCCAGCUCUAGGAAGAAGGAAGCUAGUCACAGACUCUAGUCCCCAGAGCAUUCUCAGUCCCCUCAGUCCGGCCCCUUUGCCUCCACCACACACCUAGAAUGCAGAGCGAGUGGAGGGAGGGAAAUUCCCUACUCUGUGCCGGGCAGGGGGCAGACAUUCCAGUCCCUUAACCCCCGCAAGAACAGGCCCACGCUUAGGAAGAUCUGCACGGACCUAGGCUCCACGAAUCAGUGGGGCUGGCUUCCCAGCAGGAGGCCAGGGAAGUUGCUGUCGGCGGGAAGGAUCGCAGAGGAAUUCAGACACAGUCCUUUGGGACCACAGAUGCAAUAAAAGGAACCAUAUUGACUACCCAUGUUUUCAUUCAAUAGUCGCGGGACAACGUGUUCCCCAAAGAAAGCCAGCGAACUAUCGAAAGGAGACACAGUGCACGACACCGGCAAGGUGAUGGGGUAGGUGUUGAUGGAGGUGACCUCAAGUAGGCUAGACCUACUGCGUGUUCAGGUCAUACCACGGCUAUGUGCCAGCCCUGUGCCUGGGCUUUGGCAUGCCUUAUUUCACUUAGUUUGCAUGAUAACCUGACCAACAGGACCUUGCAGCCUCAGAAAG